AAAAAUGGCAAAAAAAGUAUUGAAAAGAAAAAGGAAAGAACUAGAAAAGAGUAAGGAAGAAGAGAAAAUAGAGUUACCUCCGGCAAAAAGAUUAUCCGAUGAGCCGAUUCCAAAAAAGGUUAAAUGGAUAAACAGACAACGUGUAUUAGUCUUUGCAUCGAGAGGAAUAAAUCAUAGGGAUCGUCAUCUCAUGGAUGAUAUAAAAAUGCUCAUGCCACAUCAUCGAUCGGAUUCCAAAAUGGAACGUGCAAAAAACCUUCAAAUUGUUAAUGAAAUAUGCGAAAUGAAGAAUUGUAACAAAGUUAUACUUUUUGAAGGGCGUAGAAAGAGGGAUCUUUAUAUGUGGUUAUCAAAUGUUCCUGAAGGUCCUUGUAUUAAAUUUCUUGUUGAAAAUAUUUACACUAUGAAAGAGUUGAAAAUGACUGGAAACUGUUUACGAGGCUCUCGACCACUACUGUCGUUUGAUGAAAAUUUUAACUCUUUACCACAUUUCUUACUGUUAAAAGAAUUGCUCACGCAAAUAUUUGGUGUUCCCAAUCAUCAUCCAAAGAGUCAACCAUUCUUUGAUCACGUAUAUACUUUUAGCAUUCUGGAUAAUAGAAUAUGGUUUAGAAAUUAUCAAAUCAUUACAGAAGAAGGCCAACUUACGGAAAUAGGACCAAGAUUUGUAUUAAAUCCAGUAAAAAUCUUUAACGGUAGUUUUGGUGGAGAAAUUCUUUGGGAUAAUCCUCAUUAUAUUUCACCAGCUAAGUAUCGUCAGUCACUUGCUAAAAUGGCCGGUGGAAAAUAUUUAAAUAGAAUCGAACAAAAAGUGUCGGCUCAACUUAAUAAACCAAAGGAAUCGUAUGCUCUCGAUCCAAUGGAUGACAUAUUUAAAGGAGAUAUUUUGCAAGUAGCUAAAGAGUUGGAGGAAAAGGAAAAUCAAAAUACUUCCACUACACCAACUAAAGAAAAAGUUUCGCUUACCAAAAAGAAAAAACUUGGUAAAAUUAUGAAAAAAAAAUCGAAUUUACAGACGAAAAAUGCAAAUUUCUCAGUUUCAAACGUCGUUAAGAUUAAGAAAAGUAUAAAAAAGAAGCCUGGCCUGAAAAUUAAAAAGAAAUCU